CCACGCGUGCAUAAUGCACGGUUGCUUACAAACAUUAAUUAUGCCAAAAUUAGGCAACAGAAAAGUAAAUCAAGGACACAGAACUGUUCAGGAGAAUCUGCUGCAUCGAUAUAAUAAUUAUGGUGAGAUUAACUACAGAGUACAUCGAGAAAAAAUUUUCACAAGCAUUAUUGAGCAAAUCUCUCAGUAAAAAAGUGAAGAAACGGGAAUUGUAUAAUACUACUCACUUGCGUAUGAACAAUAUGUUUAUAAGCAACAUUGGCAAUUUUAAUGAUUAUAAGAACCUGAAAGUAAUAUAUUUGCAAAAUAAUAACAUAUCAACCAUAGAAAACUUACAUUUCGCCUCCAAUCUGACUCAUCUUUAUUUGCAACAUAAUACUAUCAGGAAAAUUGAAAAUUUAGACUCGUUUGACAAGCUUCAAGUACUCUACUUAGGAUAUAACAAUAUAGUUGUAGUGGAAGGGCUCGAAGGUUCAAGAAACUUAACUGUAUUAGAUAUAGAAAAUCAAAAGCUGAGUCUUGGAGAAUCAUUGUGCUUUGAUCCACGAAGUAUUCAUACUUUAUCUACUUGCCUGCAAGUACUCAACAUUUCUGGUAACAAAAUGACGUCUCUAAAAGACAUCAAGAGUUUACAUAAAUUAGAGAGUUUAGACGCCAGAAAUAAUUUAUUGGAAGAUAUCGACGAUCUCACCGAGACCAUAAGUACCUUAAUCUCGUUGAAAGACUUGUCUUUGCAAGGCAAUCCUGUAACUCUGUGUUACAGAUACAAAGAAAACCUGAUCGCAAAUAAUGAUACAAUAAGAAACUUCAAUGGGAAAACGGUUACGGAUGUAUGCCGAUGUUUUAUGAAAAGAUUCAAGAUAGAGAAACAUCUCUACCGCAAAAAGAUGUCUUCUAGAAUUACAUUGGAUGAAGAUAUUACAAGUUCAUUGAAUCUACCACUAGCACUGAAGAAAUCAAUAUCAAGGGCGAUGUUCCAGCAUCCAGGUCCAAGAUUAUCUGUUACAAUUUCGUCAGCCAUUAACGAAAUGCAACCACAAACGUUUCCAUCGUGGAAAAUAGCGCCAGGUACAAAAACUAUACGACACGGCCACAUGACACCAAGGCCAUUCUGGAGCAACGUAAUUAAAACCAAACAGCCUCACGUUGUACGGUCGUUGUCAAAGAGCAAAACUAUUAAAUUACCACCAAUCACACUGUCUCCCACCAUCAAAUAAAUGAACAGUUUUUUGUGUAACAUUCAA